GCGGCCUCAUCUAAGGACGGAGGCUCCAAGGUUGAUUGGGGUCCGGUCCACUGGAGAUCUGCUGACUCAGCGGACCCGCUUCUUCCGGAAGAUUAAAUUUGCAUGCCGAUCGGCAUAUUACUCCGUAUCAAUGCGCGCUGGGCAAUAUUUCUGCCAUUGCCGUUCGAUAUACCAUACCCAUCGCCAUGUUUGCACGUUGCUUUUUAAGUUCAGUCUACAGAACGCCUCGAAUAACGCCGGUCUUCUCACGAUUCGAACCUACUUUUCAUUCAUGUCCUACGAGAUCCACUCAAUGGAGGAAAGAGUUUUUCUCGUCUAAAAUUGACCUCCAGCAUGCUAAAUCGGAGACACCACCAGAGCCUGAACCCGCCGCCAAUGUGACAAGAAAAGCCAAACGGAAGCCUUCCAGGUCACCAGGUGCCAAAAUAUCGCUACGGCGUGUUGCUGUCGAAGCACAGCGAUCAAAGGAUGGGAUGCGCCAGAAAACUCAGACAGCUGAUGAAGAUCUAGCAAAAUCCAAGACUGUGACAGCCUACGCUGUAGCGGAGACAUUUAAUCUGGCCAAGGUCGUUCAAAUCCUCCUAGCCAAAGGAUACGAACCGGACCCUUUCAAAACAGAUUUGUAUCCUCAUGUUGUCCAUGUGCAAGUACCGCUAGACUCUCUCCGGAGGACAUCCAGUCCGUCAGCCUCUAAUCUCCCGCCGGACGAGGCUGGUGAUAUAUUCAUAUUUCCUUCCGGCACUGUUGUGGCUUGGGCACUCCCUGAUAGCUUUACUUCCUAUCUAGCUACAUCUGUGCUUCUCUCGGCCGCAGAAAAUCCGCACGUCAAUUCUAUGGAAACAGAAGAUCUGGACUAUAUCGAAGACCCCAAUAGGGAAUACAGUACUAUCAAGGGCGAUACGAUAACUCUCGGCACAAAAAUUAGCCCAGAUAACCGUGAUUUGCGGGCUGAAGGCAAGGAAGGUGUGGAUAAUGUUUUAACUAAAAUUGCCUUUUCAUCUGGGCUUGCACGGAGCACCAAGUUGGCUGUUCUAGAAACGCUCCUUUCGAACUACUUUGAAUCAACCCGCAACAUCCCAACCCUCCUUUCUAAAGGUACUCGCCUACCAUUUACCCGGCGUUUCGUACUGCAGAAAACUGGACAGCUCCUUAGCGUGAGGGCCCAGUUGAACCUAUACUCUGAGCUCACAGACUCACUGCCAGAUAUUUUCUGGGAUAGUCGCCACGAACUUGGUCUGGAGGGAUACUAUGACCAGGUUGGAAGAGCCCUGGACGUAGGGAUCCGAAUUAGAGUACUUAAUGAAAAGAUGGAUUACGCGCAAGAGAUUGCAAGCGUCCUCCGCGAACGGCUAAGUGAAACUCACGGUUUACGACUUGAGUGGAUUAUCAUUGCGCUCAUUGCUGUUGAAGUGGGAUUUGAAGUUCUGAGACUAUGGAAAGAAAAAAGGCAGCAUGAGCUCGAAACUAUGGAGCUGACGGAACAAACUAGCCGGUGAAUUGUAAGGGGUAGCAAAGUUUUAGCUCAAUUUUGCAUGGUAGGCGUUUUAUGGAUGGAGAUCUCCUUUGUUUCAAUGAUACCACUCCACAUUUUUGCAUCUCAUUCACUUUUCUUUUGGAUAUAACGGAAUGGAGGUGACCAGUUGGGGAUCUGUGGGGCAGUGGAUGACUAUGGCGGUGGAACGAACACAUUACUUGUAUAUUUCUACCUCUAUGCAAAAUCCCAGCGUGAGGGGAGCGCUAGUCUUACUCAAAGAUUUGAAUUCUUUCGCUGUCCGGCGCCUUGUUUCUCACCGGUGUUGCGACUUGAUCCCAGCACCAGCCCUAACUGUGUCGCAAGAGCAACUAUCUCACCCGCCUCAUCCAGCACUAUCACCUCAAUGUCUGUCCUUCCAUUGCGAACGGAUUUUGUCGCGAUUCGGCUGUAAAGCCACUCCACUCCACCCUUGGGAAGAGGUUUCUUGAAAUCUAUAUUCAAUGCAAUAGUGGGAAACCAGUACGGCGGCGGGCUUCCCAUCUCCUUUGCAGUAGCAUAUUCUAAAUUUUCCAAAACCACAGGGAAAAUAUCGACCAAGUAUGCAACGGCUUCGUUGGUCCACCUUCCUAAUCCACCUUUCGGUCCAAGAGGUCGCAGCCUACCCCAUUGAUCUACAAUCCCUCGUCGUUCAUCUAGUCGGGGAUCUACCGGUUCCCAGAAUUCUGAGUUGUUCGUUGCUCGUCGAAAGUCUGGGUCUCUCAUUAUCGUUUUCUUCCAAGGACUGUUUGGAACAGGAUGUCCAUCACGAAGUUGCGGUGGCUUGGAGUCUGGGGGCGGGGGAUAUAGCGUCCAGCUACAAGGGGUGGAUACACCUACUUCUGAUAUUGGAUCAGAGAUUGUGAUGUAUCCAGUCACCUUCUCAAUAUAUUUCUCAGUUUCACAUCGCGCACUGCCAAUAAAGCAGAUCCUAUAGCUGACCGCCGGAUGAAGGUCAAUUGCAUACUGAUUGGCAUCGGCUGGGAGGAGUGUCGGGUUGGAUGUGUGUUUUGGAAGUGGGUUGUUGCAAGCCGGUAGAGAAUCGCAGUUAGAUACCCUCCAUUAGGAGCUACAAAAAAGCUCAGUUAGCUGUAGUCCUAAUUUAUCUUUAUUUUUGACACCAAGUAGGCUUAUGGUAUAAUCUGUAUAUAACUCAAUUUCGAGAUUCGUGCUUGGGGAGACAUACCGCUCCCAACAGACCACUGCGUAACCAAAUCCGCCGAGUAGGUAUGCGAGGAUAAGGGCGUAAUCUUG